UGAGCCCUGGAGGGGGAGGGAUCACGGACUACGGCAGGCUACAGGCUGUACUUUCAGACUUGUGCUGUUGGCGUGAGGCGGGCGGAGGGUCCACGCCAGGAGACCACAAAUAGCCCCGAAAGGCGAACCAGGAAUGACGGCCGCUACCGGAGGGGCUCGGCGGCACCGUACGUGAAAAUGAGGAUUCCUCCGCAGAGGAAGCGAUCAUCUGAGGUUUCCUGUGUUCACCCUGAGUAGACGGCGUCUGGAUAUGGAUCUGAAAGCUGUUUGUCAGGAUGUGAGCCCGCAGCCCUGGGAAGUUUUUAGCACCAGACAAAAAAGGACAGCGCAGAUCUGCAGGUGUGGGCGCUGGGCGCUUGCCAGACUGGGUAAAGUGAGAACUAGGAGGGAAAUCUGCUGAGAACAAACCACCACUGGGGACUGCUGAGGAGGACCUCUGUGCAGAAUGAUGACAAAGAGAGAGCUGCUUGGGAGGGAAGGAGACUUAGAGGGGAUAUUUCUACUCCGGUUCACGCGGCCGUUGGCAGGGUGGAGCUUCCUGACCCAUGGAGAAUUACUUCCAGGCCGAGGCCUUCAACCUGGACAAGGUGCUGGACGAGUUCGAGCAGAACGAAGAUGAGACGGACACUCCCAUUCUCUCGGAUGCCAAGUGGACCCAGAUCCUGGCCCCUCCAGCCCACAUGCUCUCUCUGAACCCCGCCCUGGCCCACGCAGACCUCAGCCCCCGGGAGAGCCCCCUGCCUUUCAAGACCCUCCCCGACUCGUCCUCCAGCACCUCUCCGGGAGCCGACUCCAAAAGACACCCCGGUCCCGAGCCUCCGUCCUGGGCAGAGGAGAGGCCGGCGGACGUCCACAGCCCCCCGCUCCCCCAGCCCAACAUCGGCAAGCUGGUGGGCACCGACGACCUCUCACCGCCCGCUGUGGAGAACGGCUGCCCAGGCAGCCCACAACCAGACGGGCUCAGCAGAGAGAGCAGUUCUGGAGCAGACAUCCGGCCUGGAGCUCCCGACCAGGAGGCUCAACAUGAGGCGAUCGCUGCCUCAGCCGGAGGAGGAGGAGGAGGAGGAGGAGGAGGAGGCCACGCUGUCUCUCACAUUCACUUCACCUUUGAGGUGGGAUUAGGAGAGGAGCAGGCUGAGCAAAUCCAUCCAGAUGUGGAGCAUAAAAUCCAUCCAGAUGUGGAGCAUACGGCACAGAAUGGGGAAGGCCUUAAAGAUGGGAGCUGUUCAGAUGUUUUACAGGACUUUGGUUCAGAAAGACAAACUGCAGACUCAAAAGAGGAGCAGAGAGAAAGUGUGAAUGUGGAGAAGGAUGAGUUGGAGGAGAACAGUGUGUCUCCUCCUGAGGAGAAGGAAUGGAGUUGUGGUCCAGAGGGACAAACAGACCAACUCCUCCUCAGAAUACCAAGCCUUCCCAACGGUUUGGAGCAGGAGAGCAGCUCCAGGCCAAAGGAGAUGGAAGAGAAGGACGAGGGUUUUUCUCCUUCUCCUGUCCCCUCCAAGGAGGACUCUGUGACUGAGGAGAAGGAGAUGGAGGAGAGCAAACAGGAGAGCAGCGAUGGAGGAGCAGGAGGGUCAGGGAACGUCCAACCAAAACUCAACAACCGGCUGCAGCCAGUCAGCGUCCCCUACGGAGGGGCGCGACCGAAGCAGCCAGUCAGCCUCAAACUCCAGAUCCCUCAGCCGCUGUCGGGCCAGGUCCAGAACCAGCUGGGCCCGUCUGCUGUCAGCAAGAACAAGAACCUGGAGAACCAGAGUCGGAGAGGCACUCCCUCUGAGACGCCGCCCAGCGGGCCGGAUCAGAGUACGGUCAGCGUGAACGGAGACGGAGCCCUUCACUCUCCUGCCCUGAUGCCCUCAGAGAGCCCAGACAACGACCUCCAGGCCGGCCAGCAGGGCGCUCUGGGCAGGAGACCAGCCAGCUCCCUGGGAGAGGUGGCCCCCGUGUGGGUGCCCGACUCCCAGGCUCCCGUCUGCAUGAAAUGCGACGUCAAGUUCACCUUCACCAAGAGGAGGCACCACUGCAGGGCCUGCGGGAAGGUGUUCUGUGCAACGUGCUGCAGCCUGAAGUGUCGGCUGGUCUACAUGGACAGGAAGGAGGCUCGUGUUUGUGUCACCUGUUCCUCUGCUCUCACAAACGCUCAAUCAUGGGAGACGGCGUCCGCUGCAAGCAAUCAGAGUCCGAACCCCAACAACCCGGCUGAGUACUGCUCCACCAUCCCCCCCCUGCAGCAGGCUCAGGCCUCUGGGGUGCUCAGCUCACCCCCUCCCACGGUCAUGGUCCCCGUAGGAGUCCUGAAACAACCCGGCAACGAGGGGUCAAUCUCUCGCGAGCAGAGGAGGGUUUGGUUUGCUGAUGGAGUUCUACCUAAUGGAGACACAGCAGAAUCACCCAAACCUGCGACCUCCAGCGCUGGCCCCUCUCAGUCGCCGGCCAUCUCCACGUAUUCCAAUAAAUCCUCCUCUUCUGAGGCCUCAGAGGCCUCCCAUCCUCCUGUUGCCCCGGUGGGCAGCCCCGUGGGCAGCUCCCUCAGUCUGAUCCCGGAGGACGGACUCCCUCCCAUCCUCAUCUCCACCGGAGUCAAAGGAGGUACGGGAGGCCACAUCACAGACUACGCGGUGGAGGAGAGGCCUUCAGAGAUCGUCCUCAUGCAGCAGCUGGAGGAAGGAGGUCCAGACCCGCUGGUGUUUGUGCUCAACGCUAACCUGCUGGCCAUGGUCAAACUGGUCAACUACGUAAACAGGAAGUGCUGGUACGUGACAACGAAGGGCAUGCACGCUGUCGGCCAGGCAGAGGUCGUCAUCCUGCUGCAGUGUCUCCCAGACGAGAAGACCAUCCCCAAAGACAUCUUCACUCACUUCGUGCAGCUCUACCAGGAGGCCCUCAGUGGUAACGUGCUGGGCCACCUGAGUCACUCAUUCUUCACGCAGAGCUUCCUGGGCAGUAAGGAGCACGGCGGCUUCCUCUACAUCAGCCCCUCCUUCCAGUCGCUGCAGGACCUGCUGCUGCCCAACCCGCCCUACCUCUUCGGCAUCCUCAUCCAGAAGUGGGAGACGCCCUGGGCCAAGGUCUUCCCCAUUCGCCUCAUGCUGCGACUGGGAGCAGAGUACCGAUUUUAUCCAUGUCCACUGUUCAGUGUUCGCUUCAGGAAACCUCUUUUCGGAGAGACAGGUCACACUAUCAUGAAUCUGCUCGCUGACUUCCGUAACUACCAGUACACGCUGCCAGUGGUGAAAGGUCUGGUUGUGGACAUGGAGGUGAGGAAGACGAGCAUCAAGAUCCCCAGUAAUCGCUACAACGAGCUGAUGAAGGCCAUGAACAAGUCCAACGAGCACGUGCUCGCCAUGGGGGCGUGUUUCAACGACCGCGCCGACUCCCACUUGGUGUGCGUCCAGAACGAUGACGGGAACUACCAGACGCAGGCCAUCAGCAUCCAUCACCAGCCUCGCAAAGUUACUGGAGCCUGCUUCUUUGUGUUCAGUGGUGCUUUGAAAGCCUCGUCCGGCUUUUUAGCCAAGACCAGCAUCGUGGAAGACGGAGUCAUGAUCCAGAUCACGGCUGAGACCAUGGACUCUCUACGGCAAGCCCUGAGGGACAUGAAGGACUUCACCAUCACAUGUGGGAAAGCCGACCAGGAGGAGAACCAGGAGCUUGUCCACAUCCAGUGGACGGAGGACGACCACAACUUCAACAAGGGUGUCAUCAGCCCAAUUGAUGGGAAGUCCAUGGAGUCGAUCACCAGCGUCAAGAUCUUCCACGGCUCAGAGUUCAAAGCUAACGGCAAAGUCAUCCGCUGGACCGAGGUUUUUUUCCUCCAGAGUGAAGACCAGCCCAACGGUCUCAGCGACCCGGCCGACCACAGCCGUCUGACGGAGAACGUGGCGAGAGCGUUCUGCAUGGCUCUGUGUCCUCACCUGAAGCUGCUGAAGGAGGACGGUAUGGCCAAGCUGGGGCUGAGGGUCACUCUGGACUCCGACCAGGUGGGUUACCUGGCAGGAAGUAAUGGUCAGCCUCUCCUGCCUCAGUACCUGAGCGACCUGGACAGCGCUCUGAUCCCCGUCAUCCACGGCGGGGCCUGUCAGCUGAGCGAGGGCCCGGUGGUCAUGGAGCUGGUCUUCUAUAUCCUGGAGAUCAUCUCGUAGGCCCUGGAGACGCCCCGCAGCCUUCACCUCCAGACUUUUUCUGACCUUCAGAUGUCAUCUCACGGCCUGCUCCCUCCAUCGUCUGCCUCCCAAACCGUUUGCACUUCAGGCGUGCUGGGCGGGGUAGCAUUCCUCCUUCAAACCUAUGCAUCCACCCACCGUCUGCUCAGCUCCAGAGACCGUCAGGAAGCUCACCUGAGACCUCAGCUGUCAGGUGAUGUCCGGUCAUCUCCACAGAUCUGUCAGUGUCUGUCCUGAUACCCACACCGUCAGAGAAAUGAGCAGAUAACACAGAUCAGCCUCAGAUAAGUACAAGAACCCACAUUCAGGACCUGAGACGAGUAACACAGUCACUGAAGAUAUAAAAGCUCAUUCUGUCGUAGCAGAUAAAUCUCUCAUUAUUGCAAGUUUCUGUCUGAUAAAAUUUUGAAGCGAGGUUUGGAUUUUAUUUCAAACGACUGACAAAAGAGUGAUUUAUUCUCUCAGGUCAGUCAGUCAGGUGGUCAUUUGUGGGAUUCACUUCUUGUAUUUGUCGAGUGUCUCAGAACAGCUGCAGCUGAUAUUCAGGACAUUAUUAAAUUAUGAAGGGAAUAGAAGCGUGAUUUCUGUAAAUACAGUGGUCGGACGAGCUGUAAACUCAAUCAAAAAACUGGAAAUCCUUUCUUUAAGAACUGGAUUUUCUCUAUGAGCUUAUAAAGAGGCCAGUUUGUGUAGAGAAAAUAUGCUCUCCUUGGCAUUCUGCACCGUUAUAUUCCUGCAGGGACGACGUCUGUCCCUCUGAAGGUCCACAUGUGUCUCCACCCUCAGCCACCAUCACAGGUUAUGACACCCAGAGCUCUCAUAAUUUUGUCCUGGACGGGAGUAAUUCCCUGGAGGUGCCUUGACAUGGUGCAGUUUGGGCUGUCCGAGAGAGACUUUUUAAAAUCUGUGGUCGGUGAUGGAUGAUAGCGCUGAGACAUUUGUCCACCGGCGGCUUAAUCAGAUGUUUGGUGACCAAAGUUUGGGCUUAGAUUCUCCUGUCUGUGACUCACAUCUCCAAACCCAGCAGUCAGAAUAAAGACGAUGAGUGAAAAGCUCUGCGAAGACUAGAAGUAAAGGAAGGAGAGACGUAGCAGGAAAAAAUUAGAAAAGUCGACUACCGGGUUGAAGUUCCUCCUCGUUUUUGAUGUAGUUUCGUCGUGCAGCGACGCUCUGCUCCCAGGGCUCCUGCCACACUAGGAAGGCCAGCGGUAGACUUUUUUAGUAUAAGAAGGUCCAAGUGAAGGAAGUUUCAUCCACGUGGCGUCUACGCUACAAGGGCUGAAAAGUCCAGUAACGGCAGCUACGGGUCUGUGAUGUCUGCAAUCACAAGAGUUUAAUCAACGCUGUCGGGAAAUCCUGUGAACAUAUCUGGAUCUUCACUGUAUCACAACGGAGAUCCUUCAACUUGACUGUGAUUUUUAUUGAAGGCAGAGAAAGAGUGUCCCAGAGAGCCACAUUUAACGAUUAGCGACGGUUCAGCCUGAAAAUCUCUGCGUAAUCAGCGCAGUGAGCAGUCCGACCCUGGCCCAUGAAUUCAGGGAGAAGAAGCAGCAUCCUGACCUGAUAUUCCUUCUCCGGUUUUGGAAACUGCUGGUUCUUCUCAGUGUGGUAGCUGCAGACCUUCACCAGACGGUCCUCAAACCGCGAAUGGGCUCCGACCAGCAGACACGAGAAGAUCUGGAGCUACUGUUCUAAUUCUUCCUCAUAUGUGGACAGUAGAUUGGAAUCCACUUUGUGCUCUUGUAGCGUUGCUGCUGCUCAGACUGAAUGUUGAACGACUCGUAGACGUCCUUAAAGGGUUUGCAUGAGCUGCUGUGGACUCUGAUUGUAGGAGAGUCUUUCAUUUUGACACAGGAAGUUUUUUCAUCUUCCGGAUUGGACCCUCUGGAGGGCCACUUUUGGCCCGCGGGCCGCAUGUUGGACACCCCUGGUCCAAAUACAGAGAGUAGGAAGUUGUUAUUUCAGUGUUUUUCUAAGUCAGACUUCACACUGAUGUGGUUCAGGCUGACUGGACUCUUCUGGUCCCAGCGUGGCCCGUUAGGACAGAGCUUCUUUUUCUGAGACACUUGAUAAAUGCAGGUUCUGAUCUCAGGUUCAGGUCUGACGGGCUGCAGGUUUGUGGGUAUAAGGGCUGGCCCGGGGCGUUGGAUGAAUUAACGAGACGAAUACUGAUUGCACGACAUCGUCCGAUGGGGAGGGAGGGGGGGAUCUGAAUAUUCGGAUCUCUAAAUAAAUACUCGGAUACCACCGUCACGACCGAAUAUUCGGAUGUUUGGGUCCAGCCCUAGUGGGUAUCUGGACAGAGCUGGUGUCUAAUGUAGCUCCAACGUCACUGUGGCGGCCAGAGGUCCUGAAACACUGAACUCUGGGUAAUAAAACCCGCCUCUGUGUAGCACGGAUGCCGCUACGAGGGAGACUCAUCCAUCUGUGAAAAGUUCAGACCUUUCUUUAGAAGUUUGAAAAGGAAGAGAGAGGAGGGAGGUUAGUUUUAUUUGCACCGUGGUGCUCAGUGCCUGCAGCAGCGAUUCAUCAAUGGGGAGAAAAAAAACACAUCUGGGUUUCACUUCUUAAGCUUUACUUCAAUGACUCUGUACAGAUUUUUGUAGGCAGAAGGAUUCCUGCUCCAUCUGUAGCCUCUGGAGAUCCCAGAAUUCCUGAAGGACCACCCUCCGAUCACCCGUUACUCUGACGUCAAAACGCCCUGAUUUAAAAAAGGUUCCGACGCUUUAUUGAUCAACUUAAUGUGUAUAUAAAGCUGAAAAAUCAGAUGAGGGAAAUCAGUUUUUAAUCUCAUCAAUCAUCUUCAAGUCGUCUGUGUUCGCAUCUUAUUUUGGUGUCUUUUUAAUCAUACAAAGAGAAUAACUGUUAAAGAUGUAAAGAUAUAUAUAUAUAUAUAUAUAUAUAUAUAUAUAUAUAUAUAUAUAUAUAUAUA